GCAGAGAGAGAGAGAGACGAUUUUCCCUCUUCAGUGUGGAGAGAGAGAGAGAGAGAGAGAGAGAGAGAGAUGGAUGGAGAGAACUGCAUCUGCAGCUACGUAGACGAAGGAAGCGUGGAGAGCCAUCGAUACUACCUGGCCAGACGGACGGUUCUGGAGAUGCUUAGAGACAGAGGCUACACCAUCUCCGACUCCGAUAUCUCCCUCACAUUACCCGAAUUCCGCUCCAUCCACGGCCAGAGACCCGACCUUGAGCGCCUCCGCAUCUCCACUACUCUCAUCUCCAACCCCUCCAAGAAGAUUCUGGUUAUCUUCUGUGGAACUGAUGUGGUAAAAUUAGGAAUCGUGCGCGGAAUCCUCUCUCAGGUCAGCCAUGACAAUUUAAGCAGGAUGAUAUUGGUUCUGCAAAACAAAAUGACGGCUCAAGCUCGGCAGGCAACCAAAGAGUUAUUUCCAUAUAAAGUUGAGUUAUUUCAAAUUACUGAUUUAUUGAUGAAUAUUACAAAGCAUGUUUUAAAGCCAAAGCAUGAGAUACUGACUCCAGAGGAGAAACAAAAGCUUUUAAGUAAAUACAAUGUGGAGGAAAAACAGCUGCCUCGUAUAUUAGAGGCUGAUGCAGUUGCCACAUACUAUGGACUUGAGCCGGGACAGGUGGUGAAAGUUACUUAUGACAGUGAAGUUACUGGGUUACAUGUUACUUACCGUUGUGUCAUGUGAUGUGAUACAUUCAUGAGUAAUGUGAAGUAUGAGAUGCGGACAUCCUGCAAUAUCGAUGGAUGAUUGGAUGGUUAGACCGUUUCUGACUACUACACAUGCUUUUAAGCCCCCAUUAAACGGAAACUUUUUGUGUAUACAUUCUUUUUGCAAACUUUUUAUUCAUAAUUAUGCAAAUAUGUGUAUUUUAGCGUCUCCUGAAGUUUCAUUGAAAAUUUUACUGUUUUUUUACAUGUUUUUCUGCAUUUCCGGUUAUCGGCAUUAUCAUCGACAAUAUUGAUAUUGUUUCCGUAUCCCUGGCCAGCAAAACUUGUAGCGAUACCGAUACUUCAAACACUGACAUACAUGCAUUAUACUCUAGAAGCUUUCCCCUCCCAUAUGUUUUCUGGCAUCAAAAUUUUAUUAUGAUCUCUUAAUCCCUUGUACACCAAGUGGUCCAACGAGACUGUGAACUCGCACCUCGGACCGUAGAUUGGUCAUUGCAGGCAGCUCCCAGCAAAUUCUUACUAUUUCUAGAAUGAUAAGACAGUUGUAAAGGUGUUCAAUUUCCUCAAAGCAUGAUACCUUCCGUCUCCCAAACGCCGGUCUUUUAGGUGGUUUUACUGAAAAAGCUGUGGGUGCAGGUCAUGGUUGCGAAGCACAGGUAUA